AGCAACAGGUUGCAUCAAUGGUGCCGCAUUUCUUCUUGUAAUCGAUAAAUAUGGCGAAUCGACAUAAAUAACAUAUUUGGAGCUAUAGUAUAAUUGUUUUAUACCAGUCAUUCUGAACACGCUGCGGAACAUAAUCGGGCAUAUCCUCUCUCUAGAGUCCACAUAGAAUACAGAAGCAGCUGUGUGUUUAAAUAAGCACGGCCUGGCUAAAACGCCAGGAGUCGAGCUGUAGUGCAGGAGGGUUUUUCAGCCUCCCUCUGCGCCGCCGCCCCUCUAAUUAAUCCGUAGAGGACUAAUUCAAUUCCCCGCCCCGCAGGCGCGUGAUUGGCCGAGCGCAGAUUCUACAACGCAAUUUACGGGCUGUCACUCAAAUCCCAAUAAAUAGUAAUGUACCUGGCGGUGGAUAGACGGAGAGAUUUACGUUUCUGCGUCUUCCCCCCCCCCCACUCCAUAAGGUUUGCAGAAGAAGGUAAGAGGCCUGGAGGUUUUUAUUUUACGCAAACAAGCGGCGAGAACUGCGUUCCGGCCGAGCUCUUUCAAGAUGAACCUGAACUACACGUCUCCGGGCGCGCAGAUGCCCACCCAGAGGUCAACAUCCUUCUUCAUUGAAGAUAUUCUGCUCCAUAAACCUAAACCUUUGCGGGAUGUUUUCCCGUCGCCUUUCUCCAACUCGCUCGCAUCUCGGAUGCCUCUGCUCGAAUACGGAUACCCUCUCAUGCCCACCCCGAUCCUCGCAUCUCAUCCGCACCAUCCGCUGCACAAACCAGAGCAUCACCCCUACUUCUUCACCUCUGGAGUGCAGAUGCCAUCGUUGUUCCAGCAUCACCCGGAACUACCCGGGAAACACUGCAGGCGCCGGAAAGCGCGCACCGUGUUCUCGGACUCGCAGCUCUCCGGACUGGAAAAGCGCUUUGAAAUGCAGCGGUACCUCUCCACACCAGAGCGCGUGGAGCUGGCCACAGCACUCAGCCUCUCAGAAACACAGGUGAAAACUUGGUUUCAGAACCGGAGGAUGAAGCAUAAAAAGCAAUUAAGGAAAACGCAGGAGGAGCAGAAGACACCCGGGGACUCGGACAGAUCUAUGGAGAACUCGAGCGCCGGCGAGCUGCACGACAAAAGCGCAGGAGACGCAAAAGACGGAAUGAGUCCGGACAGAUACACAGUGGACGAAAACGAAGACGAGGUCGAUAUUGAGGACGACAUCUGCUCCCCUGAACAUUUACUAUAGACCGAAGAACAUGAACUAAACCAUCCAUGUACAUACCGAUUUCUGAAUUUUAGAUAGGAAAUUCUAUUUAGCUUUUUUAUA